AUGUAGCUGAAUUUCAGUGGCCUUCGGGCCCUGGUGACAGGGGCAGGGAAAGGGAUUGGGCGCGACACUGUGAAGGCCCUGCAUGCCUCAGGAGCCAGAGUGGUGGCCAUAAGCCGCACCAACGCCGACCUGUUCAGCCUCUCCAAGGAGUGCCUCGGGAUAGAGCCUGUGUGCGUGGACCUGGGUGACUGGGAGGCCACAGAGCAGAUGCUGGGCGGCGUGGGCCCCGUGGACCUGCUGGUGAAGAACGCUGCCGUGGCGCUGCUGCAGCCCUUCCUGGAGGUCACCAAGGAGGCCUUUGACAGGUCCUUCGAUGUGACCCUGCGCUCUGUGUUCCAGGUGUCCCAGAUGGUGGCCCGAGGCAUGAUCGCCCGCGGAGUGCCUGGCUCCAUCGUCAAUGUCGCCAGCAUGGUGGCCCACGUCACCUUCCCCAACCUUGCUGUCUACAGCUCCACCAAGGGCGCAAUGACCAUGCUGACCAAGGCCAUGGCCUGGCUGGGGCCAUACAAGAUCCGGGUGAACUCCGUGAAUCCCACGGUGGUGCUGACGGCCAUGGGCCAGCUCCUCUCGGCCGACCCCGAUUUUUCCCGGAAGCUGAAGGAGCGCCACCCGCUGAAGAAGUCUGCAGAGGUGGAAGACGUGGUCAACAGCAUCCUUUUCCUGCUCAGCGACCGCAGCGCCUCCACCAGCGGCUCGGGCAUCCUCGUGGACGCCGGGCACCUGGCCUCCUAGAUGGCGCUGCGCCGGACGGCCAGGCGGAUGACGCUCGGCCCCGC